AUGGUGCGUCAAGCUCAGACUCUCCGUCGCGAGGACUUCCAGAUCGCAGUCAUUUGUGCGGUAGGCUGCGAGUACGACGCUGUGACCUUCAUAUUUGACGAGAUCUGGGACGGAGCUGAGAUUCAGCUGGGAAAUGCACCCGGAGACUAUAACAAAUAUAAGAUCGGCCGUAUCGCAAACCGCAAUACCGUCCUACUUCUUCUCCCGGGCAUGGGCAAAGUCAACGCCGCAAGCGCAGCGGCUAAUCUCCGAUCGAGCUUCAAUGGAAUCGAGCUAGCUAUCUUAACUGGAAUUUGUGGAGGGGUGCCAGGAGUCGGGACCGACACGGAACUUCUGCUUGGAGACGUGGUCAUCAGCAGAAGCAUCGUGCAAUAUGACCUGGGACGACUUUAUGCGGACAAGUUCGCCACAAAAGAUACAAUCGAGGACAGCCUUGGGAGGCCCCACGAGAGUGUUCGCUCCCUGACUGCCGUUUUCGCGACAAAGUCAGGGCGCAGCAUUUUGCAGCACCGAACGAGCCAGGUCCUUCUGGACAUUCAAGCUAGGACAACCCAGGAAGGAGGAGUAUAUCAACGUCCUGCGACAUAUGAAGAUCGCCUUUUUGAGCCGGGAUAUCUCCAUAGACACCAUCGUUCUGGUCACUGUGGAUGCAGCGAGCUUGGGGCGUGUGACGAAGCAAUGCAGGCUUCUUGCGAAGAGCUCCAGUGUGAUUCGUCAUAUCUCAUGCCUAGGAGUCGCUUCGGGAAGCGCAAUCCUCAAGAUUUGGAACGUGACCACGGGGCAGAGCCUGAGCUUCGUGUGAUCGUUGGUCGUCUUGGAACAGGCGACACUGUUAUGAAGUCCGGGUUGGAUCGUGACAGGAUUGCUAGGGAGCAAGACCUCGUUGCCUUUGAAAUGGAGGGAGCCGGUAUUUGGAACCAAUUCCCUUGCAUCAUCGUCAAGGCAGUCUGUGACUACGCAGACAGUCAUAAAAACAAGAACUACCAGAAUUUCGCCGCAGCAAGGGCAGCCUCCGCAACAAAGGCUAUCCUGGAAGCUUACCCAUACACAGACAAAUCAAAGAGAUCCCUCGCUAGGUAUGCUAUCAUCUCAGGCAGUAACCGGCAAACACAAUCGGAAAACUGGCCAGACGAACGAGAACAUGAUGAGCACCAUAGAAAGCUUCUGGGAUUACUUGCCACAGACCAUGAAGCACACAAGAACUUCAACGUGAAGAAUGUCCGUGGCACGUGCGAGUGGUUUCUCAAGGACCGAAAGUAUCACAAGUGGCUCCAAAGCGCUGGAUCAAGUAUCAUCUGGGUCUCUGCAGGUCCUGGCUGUGGGAAGUCCGUGCUAGCACGAGCUCUGAUUGACGAUGGGCGGCUUUCCGCAUGCCCUGAAAACCCAACGAUCUGCUACUUCUUUUUCAAAGACGGUGACGAGCGCCGCAUCAACAGUUACGACGCAUUGUCCGCAAUCUUGCAUCAACUGUUUACCCAACAACAAACUGAUUCAUUAAUCUGCAAGGCGGAUAGUGCUUUCAAGAACUAUGGAGACACGCUGCGAAGUAACUUUCACCAGCUCUGGAAGAUCUUAGUUGAUUGCGCGAGUCAUUUUAAAUCUCGCGAAAUUGUCUGUGUGCUCGAUGCUUUAGACGAAUGCAGUGCGCAAGGCCGUCGGGAGAUACUUCAAGCGCUCGACUCCGUCGGUAAGGUAUAUUACUCAUCAUUGAGGCUCAAGUUUCUCAUCACAAGCCGGCCAUAUGAUGAUCUGGAAGUGUCGUUUGACAAAAUCGCUACUGCGAAAUCGUAUAUUCGAUUCGACGGCGAUGAUAAGUCUGAGGAGAUUCACCGGGAGAUUGACCUUGUGAUUGAUCACAAGGUCAGCGAGUUCGGGAAAGAUUUCCGAGAAGAACACCGCCAGGCCAUUUCAGAUCGGCUUAAGGCUAUGGAGAACCGCACUUAUCUUUGGCUCCAUCUUACUCUCAGUAUCAUUGACGAAAAGCGAAGCGCAUACCGCAAGCCCUCGAGCAUACAGACACUGCUAUCGCGUCUUCCAUCUUCCGUCGAUGAUGCUUACGAGAGGAUUCUUAGCCGCAGCCAGAACCAGGAGCAGGCAAAAUGCCUUCUCAGCAUUAUUCUUACUGCCACACGCCCUCUGAGUCUCGAAGAGGUUAAUUACGCCCUCACUGCACAGGAAAGGAACUUCAGAAAUUUUGAAGCGUUCGAGGAUGACAUGUGGCCCAGUGACGGUCUUAAAACUACGGUGAAAAACCUUUGUGGCCUAUUCAUCAAUGUCUUCGAGGAGAAAGUUUCGUUCAUUCACCAAACGGCGCGUGAAUUUCUCACCACGAAAACUGAACCACCAAGCACUUGGAAGGGAAGCUUUGACAUGAAUUUUGCACACGGAAAGAUGUCUAUCUCAUGCAUUCGUGUGUUAUCAUUGCACGAACUAGCCCCGAUCCACUGGUCGGCCGCGGAGUUUCACCAUCUGGCGCCACGUUUCAUGCGAUACGCUGCUCGCAACUGGAUACUACACUACAACUCUCAGGAUACUCUAACAAGAAACCAAUAUGCUCAAGCUGCUCGUGAACUGUGCCGUACCGCAUUCGGAGUAGCACCGGUGUGGGCCAGGUAUUCAGGGGGAGGCUACGGCGGUGGGGAUUAUCGGCAACACCUAUGGGAUUGUACAGAUCUCACACUUGCAAGCUGCUUCGGUCUGCUGAAGGUAGUUGAGUGCAUUGUCAAGGAAGAUAAGAUUGAUGUCAACUCGGAAGGAGGAUUUUUCGGUACGCCAAUCAAGGCUGCAGCUGCAGCGGGCCAUUGCGAACUUGUUCAAGCACUAGUUCGCUAUGAUGCCGAUUGCGAUACUGGAGGUGGUUUCUUUCAGACAGCUCUCGUAGCUGCUGUGGUUGGAGGACAUUCCGAGAUAGCAAAAUAUCUCAUCGGCAUCGGGAAUCGAUUCCCUGUUGAAUUUUUGAUUUCAACUGCACGCAAGGAAUUCUACAGAUACUCCAUGGAAGAUCUGAUAAGAGACUACGGUGAGGGAAUUAAGAUCACGAAGGAGGUUAUCAAAAUUGCAGGAACAUACCCUUCUAGCCGAGAGGACAGUGUAAUCUUGUUAAUGCAGCAGCUCGGACACGCAUUCAUCACUACGGAGGACAUGUUAGAAUGCGCAGUUGCAAAUCCUGUUUUGGGAGGGAAACUCACUCGUCUCUUUUUGGAAAGAAACGAGGAUCAUUCAAGUGUUACGUCGUCAGUUGUUGAGAGUGCAGCGCUUGGAGCCUGUGGAAUGGAGACUUUGAAAUUGCUCCUGGAGAAGCGUGGGGACGAGAUUGAGAUCACGCAAAGGACUAUCAUCAAUGCAGCUAAGAACAAAAAGUGUGGGAUAGAAGUCAUGGAGUUUUUAAUGGAGAAGCGCAAGGAUGAGGUGAAGAUAAGUCGGGAUGUUGUUAUGGCUGCAGCUCAGCAUGGGUCGGUGAAGACGAUGGAAUUCGUCUUGGACGAAUACGAUGGGGCAUUCGAAGUUACAGCGAAACUCAUUCUUGCUGUAGCUGAGAAUGAUUCUAACGGAGACGACAUCAUGACUUCUCUGAUCAAGAGAUAUGGCGAUGUGGUUGUACUAAUCUCGUUAGAGAUUAUUAUGCUAACAGCAGGGUCUGCAUUUUUCAACGAUGCUUUGGUCAUAUUACUAGACGAUGAUGAGAUCAUGGAAGCUGGUACUAUAGUUGUGUCUGUGCAUGGGAGGAAUGAGGGACAACUGGAUCUUCUACUACAGAGUUCGGAGGCCGUGGUAAAUAUCAAGCAAAAAGUUGUUGCGGCCGCAAAAGGGAAUCCCCAGCUGCUGCUGGAAAUUCUUAGGGCAGGCUGGCUCUGA